GACUCAGUCGCGCUUUCAGCAUAUGUUCAGAUCUACCAAAGAAUUAAACUUUCAAUGAAAAAUAGUGUAAAUAAUCUUGAAUAAAUAUUUAUAUUGUUUUCUAAAAUUUUUAUUAUGGAAGUUGAAAAAAUUAUUAUACCUACUAAAGGUUAUGGUGAAUCGAAAGAAAAUGUAGUGCAAAACAUACUACAAAAUCUUCAGGAUGUAGAAAUUAGAGGAGUAGAAUCUUCUGAACUACUUUCAAGACUACAACCUUGUGUAUCUGGAAACAUUUCAGAAAUCACUGAAAAUCUCAUCUUAACAUCAGCAAGUAUUGUGAAUCCACAAACUUUAGAAUUGUACAAAGUUUCCUGUAUCAUUUCCUGUGCUCCAGAAUUACCCGUUCCCAUACAUCGAGAUGAUAUCCUUUACCAUGCAAUCAACAUCAUAGAUUCUGGUUAUUCAAGGAUAUUGCCAUUUUUUGAUAAAGCUGCUGAUCUUAUACAUCAGGUUUCAAAAUUAGGAGGUAGAACGUUAGUCUACUGUGUAGCUGGAGUUAGUCGAUCAUCUAGUAUCUGCUUAGCUUACCUAAUGAAAUAUUAUAAACUAUCAUUACUCGAAUCAUACAACUAUUUGAAACUUCGACGACCGAGGAUAAAACCAAACUGUGGUUUCUUCAAACAACUAAUAGAAUACGAAAAGCAACUAUUUGGUUGUAAUACAGUCCAAAUGGUUUACAACGAAUUUGUUCAAAUGGACAUACCUGACGUAUAUGAUUCCGAUUAUAGACCGAUUACUACUUUUUCUAAGAAAAUCGGACGAUAAGUCAUUAAAUUUUGGGUGUAUGUGUUCAAAAUGAUAAAUAUGUCGCAUAUCGCUAAAUAAGACUACCUCAUACGUACUUAAUAUUUAUUCAACAUUUUGGUUAUAGAUUCCAGACAAUUAGCAUAUUUCCAUUUUGAUAUUUUUAAAAAAGGUCUAUUUUCUUUGUCCCAUUUUGUGAGCUGUAGCAAAAUUUUGGGUGUCUUGGAGGCAGAACAGAAAUAUGUAUAUGGGACUAUAAACAAUCAUGGGAGUCAAGUCUAGUGACCUUGCCGGUUAAGGAAUGUCCACAGAGCGACUAAGAACAAAAUAUUUCUUUCCAUAGCAAAACCAUCGAAGCCUUGACUAUGUGUCGUAUCAUCCUGUUGGAACUACAUAUGUGAUGGAAAUGAUAGUUGACCUCACAGGCGGAUCAAAAAUAACUUUGUAGUCAUGCAAGCAUAUUCCUACUAUUAACAUUUAUAGUCUGGCUUCAUUCAUUUCCAAUAAAAAGGUUCAAUGAUCCCAAUAGUAGAUAAAGCGCAACAAGGAGAUAUUUUGAGAUGAUGUAAUCAUUUUCGUUACUUCAGUCAUGAGUUAGGAGUUCUUAGAGGUCAGUGACAGCAAUUCUGCUUGUUAAUUUGACCUAUUAAAUGGAAAUGAGCCUCGUCGUUCUAAAAAAAUUAAUUAACACUGCCAAAUUUCUCCAACAUCGUUUCACAAACAUUUCUAUGCGAAACAAACUCAUUUUAUUUCCACUGUUCCACUGAACGAUUUGGAUUUUGAAAGGAUAUAACUCUUUUCCAAAGUUCAUGGAUCAUCUCUCUUGAAAGUUCCAAUGAAGCUACUCGUUUCCGUAUUUAGAGUCGUGUAUUUUCACAUAAACUCUGUUAUACCAGUUCAAUAUUAUCGAGGGUCCUUGCAUAUUAGCUAGACCUCGACCAAGAAGUGUUCAUAGUCGAGGGAGUUGUCCAAAAUCUUUGCACAAAGGAACGAAUUGAGUUUAACUCUUGGUAUCUCUACCAAAUGUGACAACUAACCUGUUAGGUACACCAAGUAUGGAAUCUAAGUCCACUGACGGUUUUACUGAUCCCAAUCUAGCUAGUGAAUCAUCUUCGUCGUUACCUCCAUUGUGUAGAUGUUGGAUUAACCCACUCGAACUUAAAAUGCUCCUAUCGAUGAAAAAGUGAUGUCACUAGUUAAUAAAGGAGAAUUACAGGUAUUAUGAUAGAAAUAACACCAAAAAAUUAUCAUUUCUUUGACAACACUGUACAAAGCUGAAGAAAUUUUGGUAAUGAAUAAUAUCUUAUAUCUUCAAAUGAGCAAUCCUUUUAUAUGUUAAUCUCGGAAACAGCACCAACAAUUUUUAUGAAAUUUAAUAUACAGAGGGUUUCGUAACCGGUAAAUCGAUGUAGCCAAGAUUUAUUUUUAGGAAAUGACGAUCUAUUGAUCAUCAACUUUUUUUAAUGAAAGAAAAAUAACAGGGUAGUUCCAUUCCUAAAUAUCUGAUUCUUAUGCAAAAGUCUUUUAAAAGGCUCAUUUUGAAGGUUAUUCUAUGUGUUUUAAAACAGAUCUGAAUUUUUCAAUUUUGGGAUUCUCCAAAAAUAGCCAUCCUUCAACGAGCAAUAACUCAGUUAUUAUUAUAUUAUAUUAUAUUAUAUUAUAUUAUAUUAUAUUAUAUUAUAUUAUAUUAUAUUAUAUUAUAUUAUAAUAUAUUAUAUUAUAUUAUAUUAUAUUAUAUUAUUUUAUAUUAUAUUAUAUUAUAUUAUUGAAUCUACAGAGGUCUUUCAGAAACGAAUCUCUUUAUUUUUUAAGAGCUACAAGUUAUUCAUGAAAAACAGUGAAAAAUAUGCGUUUAAAUCUUCAAUAACUCUAAAAGUAUCAACUUUAGAAAAAAAAUAACGAAAUAAAUUUUUAUCUCCAAGAAGGGGUCACUUUCACCUCCAGGAUAAAAGCACCUUUCGGCACAGGGUAGAUUUUGAAGGUUAUAAAUACUAAAUACCAAUUUUCAACAAAAUCGACCUUGAUUAUCAAAAUUCCAUGGGAAAUUGGCUGGUAUGUGGCCUAAAAACUGUGGUUUAUUUCAUAGAAUUCUAUGUAUUAUAUUUAAAAAUUUUUGUACCUGCUAGAAUUUGAAAUAGCUGAAUUGUACUAUUUUCAAGUUAACUAUAUAGUAAUUAUAUCAAGAAAUCUCCAAAACAGCAUUGUUAAACCGAUGUAUUAAAUUUAUAAAUACGUAGUAUGGGUUUUAGUAAUUAGAUAUAGAAAAUGAUAAAAAGGAC